ACAAAAGGAGACCAGAGCAGCUAUUAUAUCACUUUUAUAUCAGAGCACCAUGUCCCACACAAAGACAAAGUCGACAUGUAAAUGUAAGUAAAUGAUCUGAAUUCAGUAUGACUUUAGAAGAGGGUAGCCUACUGUUGCAAGGGUUUGUUCAUUAAAGGUUUAAAAUAAUAUUGUUUUAUCAUAACUGGGAACAAUUAAAACAUGAGAUGUUGUCACUUAUCUUACUUUUAAAGUUCAACUGAAUUGUCGCAGACUAGAUCUAUAGUCUUUCUGUAGACAUACUUGAAUAACCUGUGUAGCAGGCAUUCGUAAUUCUAUCGUCAGGGAAUACACACAGAGGCUUGGAUAGACAAGACGGAACUGGAUAUUUAUUGAAGAAAUAACAAGUCAAUUCAGUUUUAUUUAUAUAGUGCUUUUUACAAUGUUGUAUUAAGGAAAAAAGAAAAACACAGAAAUAGGUAGAAUACAGUACAGUGGUAUUAUAGAAAGAGUAAGACCAUUCUAAUAAGGCAAUGUUAAUGUGUUGUACACAUAAAUACAGAAUAAAAGUGCUUUUAGUGUUUUUUUCAUCUAUGAAUUGGCCAUGUCAUGUGGUGCGACCGUGAUUUGUUAGAAAAUGUGCAAUUUACAUAUUAUUUGCCAUCAAGUGUUUUAUCACAAUGCACAUACUUUUGAAUGGCCAUUAAUGAGGAAAGAUGAUGUUUUCCCCACCAGAGGUAUAGCUACUUCCUCACUAUACCUGUACAUCAGCAUCACAAAGACACACCCCUUUUCCAGUCAAAUAUUAACCACUCCCACUUUGCUCAUUCUAGCUAAAACACUAGCAUUAAAGCUUACUUUAGCACAUGGAGUGACUUUAAGCAAAGCUCCACCCAACUCUAGUGUCUGUGCGGUUGUCAAACAUCAUUCUUAGACAGUCUUAAAUGAAAACAUGUACAGUACUCACUGACUUUAACUUUAAGAAAAGCAGUGCAGAGAAGCGACAUUCACAAUGAAAUCUCGAAACAUAUUUGUGCUGUUUUUUGUGUUACCUAUUGUAACAGUAGAGACAGGAGUCUUUGACUUUUUUGAUGUUUUUUUCGACAAAGACAAUUUACGAGCUUUUGAUCCUGACGACUUUGAGAAAGAUCUAAGGAAGUCUCUAUAUGGGCAGCACAUUGCAUUGGAAGCGAUACUGAAAGCUGUGACCUGGUUUAUGAAAGAUCCAGAUCCACCAAAACCGCUAGUGCUUUCCUUACAUGGACCAACAGGUGUGGGAAAAACUCAUGUCACCAAGAUCAUUGCAAGGAAUAUUUAUGAAAUGGGGGAAAAAAGCAAACACGUCCACACAUUGAUAAGCUCAUAUGACUUCCCACACAAAUCAGAGUCAGCGGUGUAUGAAGAUCAACUUAAAGCGUGGAUUCAUGGAAAUGUAUCAAGGUUUUCUCGCUCCAUGUUUGUAUUUGAUGAAAUGGAUAAGAUGAACCCACAUGUGAUUGACAUCAUUAAACCUUUUCUGGACUACGUGCCCCAUGUGAAGGGAGUAUCGUUUCACAAUGCAAUCUUCAUUUUUCUCAGUCAAGCAGGUGGGAAUGUGAUCAACAACUGGACUCUGGAUUUUUGGAGGAAAGGUAAAGACAGAGAUGAACUCCAGAUGAAGAUCAUGGAGACUGAAAUUUAUCAAGACAUCUUCAAUGAUAAGAACAAUGGAUUUUGGCAGUCCUGUCUAAUAGAUCAUCAUCUGGUGGAUCACUUUAUACCUUUCCUGCCUCUGGAACUGAAGCAUGUGAGGGAGUGUGUUCUGGCUGAAAUGACCAAUCUAAAUGUCCCUCUAGAUCAUAGACUGGCAGACAGGGUGGCCAGAGAAAUGCCCUUCUUCCCCCCAGAGGAGAAAAUCUUCUCUGUUAAAGGCUGCAAGUCAGUCAGAGCAGAUUUGGUGCAAUAUGCUUGGUGCACGAAAAGUUGGUGCAAUGAUAAUCCGUGAGUUUUGUAUGUCUUCUGUUGUGCUAUAAUCAGACAAGGUCUGAUAGACUGCACAUUAAACUGCUGAACAUAUUCUAACCAUGUGUUCCAAAACACUAACUGGAAUAUAAAUGAUACAUUUGCAAAUCAAGCAAUUGCACUGACUUCCAGUAAAGUAUCGAGUCGAUUUUAAGAUUCUGUUACUUACAAGGCACUCCAUAAUCUUGCACCCCUUCACAUGCUCUCAGAUCUUCAUCUUCAAUUUCUCUUGUGGUACCUCGGAUUCGAGUGUUUGUUGUGUUUUUUUUUUUUGUCUUGUGCAGUGAUUUGUACUUUUAUUUUAUUCUUUGCCUGUUUGUGAGGUGACGUUUGGGUCUUUUGAAAGGCGCCAUUAAAUAAAAUGCAUUAUUAUUAUUAUGUACUGUAUGAAUUAAUCUAUCUAUGUUGUUUUGUUUGUUGACUAUUUAAGUAAUAUUUUAUUUGUAUCAUUACUCAUACUUUUAGUUGAUAAAAUUAUUCCAGAUAGAUGCCGCUGAUAAUAACAGCUGAUAAUAAAUGUACAGACAGAAUU